AUGGAAGAUUCAGCUAGUGCAGUGCUGGCACGGGAAUUUCAAUCUCUUUUAGAUGCAUUAGGGAUAGAAGGAGAAAAAAGAAAGGUUCUUCUGAGUCUGCCCGAUGAGCAAAAGCUCCAUAUGAUAAAUGCGCAGAAGAAAUCUGCGCAGAUAUCAGGUAUGGAGAUAGCAAAACAUCUAAAAAAUAUUAAAAGGCCAUUUUCAGUGGCAUAUAGCAUAACAGACAUAGAGGAAUAUAUUAAAGAAAUUCGAAUAUUACGAUUAAAAUUUGUGGAAAUAACAGAAAAGGAAGUAGAAAAGGCAAUAGACGAGGAUUUUCUAAAGGAUAUCUGGGGGAUUAUUUCCAGUCUUUCGCCAAAAGCAGAGCUAGGGGAUGCCCGAAUGUAUCUUCAAAUUGAAAACAGCAAGCAAAAUAAGCCAAUAUAUAAAAUAUUAGAGCCCACAGUGAAUUUCUUCCGGACUGUGCUAAAGUCUCCUGCAGUAAUUAAAAGGAUACAAAAAGACCCAGUGUUCUUCAAGGAGAUAUUUAUGCACUUUCCUUCGGAGUACGCAGAUAUAUCUACUAUAAUUCUGCAAAUUGCUGUGAAAUGCUCAAAUUCCCACAUGGACAUAUUAUUGGAUUAUUUGUUCAAAUCAUCAAAGCAUGAGAUGCAUGCAUACUGCAUUCCUGCGUGUGACAUUCAAAUGAAAAAAAUAUUAGAUGAGCUUUACUAUAAUUUGUCUUUUAGAACUAUGAGUAAGGAAUAUGUAAGUGCGUUUUUAUUACUAAUGAUAGACUUAUACUCCGAGCCACCGAUGAUUGGAAUCAUGCUGGAUAGUUUGCUGAGAAUGUGCGGUAUAGGAAGAAUUUUAAGUAAAAUUGAAAGCACCUUUUAUGAUACAAGGAAAACAGUGGGAGAGCUAAUUGAUAUGCAGGAAAAGGUGCGCAGUCUAGCUGGUGAAAUAGAUGUGCGAGAAAUCACAAUAGACACAGAAGAAACAAAGAAAGAUCUUGUAUAUAUUAUAAAUGUACUAAGUGUUCUUAAUAGGAUAAACAGCAGUAGAAUAUAUGAUGUAUUGCAGUAUAUUCGUGGAUGUAUAUUAGAAGAGUCACUGUACAAGAACAAAGAUAUAAAGAAAAUAGAGAUAGAAAGAGCAAUUAGAAAAGAAAAGACGGAGAAGGACAAGGAGAGUUACAAGUGCAUAUGCAAAGAUAUUAUUCUAGGAAACAAAGGAGGUGUUUUGAAAUUUGAAUCCCCUUCUGUGAUUACUGCAAAUUUGUCUAAGGAAAAGAACAAUGCAAGUAUGGAUGCAAACCAAGCCAAUGCAAAAACAGUAGGGAUUGGCGCUACUUGUUCUACAGAUAAAGUGACUUCUGAUAAGUCUAUAGCUACAAAUAUUUCCCAUGGCCCUGCUUGUUCUAUAGAUGGUGUGCCAGAAAAACCCAUUUCAGGGUAUAAAGAAGAAAAGAGCAGUGAAGGAAUGAUACAGGCACCUCUAAAUAAAAAAGACACAGAUGCAAUGAUUGGAGAUUUUAUAAAAAGAAUUGCAGAUAUAACUCUGACUAAAGAACAGCAAAUAAAGCUAAGAAAGCUAGUAGGAGUAGGACAGCAAGAGGGCGAAGAAUCGGUAUUAGAAGAAGGCGCACUAUUAGGCCCGAAGCUUAAUAAGAUAAACAUUCCAACCCCUCCUUCUGGCAUGAAGGUGCCGUCUCCACCAUUAAGUAUGAAAGUGCCACCGCCAUUAGGUAAGAAAGUACCACCGCCCCCUAGCAUGAAAGUACCAUUACCUCCAUCGGGUAUGAAGAUGCCGCCGCCCCCUAGAAUAAAAGUACCAUUACCCCCAUCGGGUAUGGAGGUGCCACCACCUUCUGGCAUGAAAGUACCAUUACCUCCAUUGGGUAUGAAGAUGCCGCCGCCUCCUGGCAUGAAAGUACCAUUACCUCCAUCGGGUAUGAAGAUGCCACCGCCUCCUGGCAUGAAAGUACCAUUACCUCCAUCGGGUAUGAAGAUGCCUGGCAAUACAAAAUUGCCAAGUGUGCCAAGUCUACCAAAUAUGUCAAAUAUUAAGAAUUCAAGUGCACCACAGCUAAGCACAACUAGCUUAAAAAAUAUUGAAAAUGCUGUAAAGAUGCCAAGUAUUCCAGCGCCAGAAAAUGGAAAGGCAUCAGAAAAAAAGAGGCAAAAUUCAAUAGAAACGAAAGAGAUUGAUAGUGUGGAACCUGCGAAGCCUGGCCCAAGAGCCAUGUACAUAGAGCGGGCUGCUCUGCUGCACCCAGCUAAUCCACAGCAGCUGCCAUACGAUGUACAUAUACGAAAGCCUGGAUCGACUGGUCUGUGGAGUAUGCUGGAUAAAACAGACCUAUCACUAUUUACAAAAGAAGACUUUUCUAUUUUUGAAAGAAAGAGGGUGGAUAAAUUAGUAGAAGAGGAGAAAAUAGUGAUAGACGAAGUAAUGGAUAAAAAAAGGUGUAAAGCAAUCGACAUUGUUCUAGCAAGAGUUAAAAUUCCUUAUGAAAAAUUAAUCAGUGCUGUGGAAGAAUUAGACACCAAGCCAUUCACAGAAACUCUUCUUCUUGGCCUUCUUAAAAACUACCCAACUGAGGAAGAGCUGGAUCUUAUACAAAAAAAUCCGGUUUAUCUUGCGCCCGAAAUCUUCUUUAAAAAAGUCGCCCAUGCUCACCUGUUUAAGGACAAAUUAAUGAUACUUCAUUUAAAGCUAACCCAGCCAACAAUUGAAACAAUUCUCAUACCAAAUGUACAUAAACUAACAGAAGGCUGCAGGAUUCUCCUUCAAAAGAGGAGCAUUCAUGAAAUACUAAGAAUAACGCUGGGUGUUAUUAAUAUUCUAAAUGCAAAUGGCAGGAAUCAGGGUGCUUGGGGAAUAAAGCUAGAAUCAUUUACAAGAAUCCCGGAGAAUGUGAAUAUUCUUCAUCUUAUACAGAAGAAAAUAAAAGAAAAGAAGAUAGAACUGGGAAGUGCCUUUGCGGUAUUAAAAGAGGUAGUAAAAAUAUCAACAGACAUAAUUGAUACAGAUUGCAUGGAGUACAAUAUGAAAAAGGAGCUUAUUCAUGCUAUUAGUCUACCAAAAAAACAGCAACAAUCGCUUUCUGCACUAUUAAACACAUUAGAUUCUUUGCAGAAAGAGUAUCUUAGGUGGAAAUCUAUUAUGGAAGAGUUAAGAAUAUUUAUGGGUGAAAAAGAGCUCACAGGAACUGGCUUACAGACUCUUUCAAAGUAUAUUAUUACAGUACUUACUCCCAUCCUGCCAAAGAAAUAACACAGAGUACAAUAUAUAAGAUAUAAUUGCUAUAUAACAGUGGCCUGUAU